AUGGAUGAGGAGCUCUUGCUUGCUAGAAUCAUAGCAGGAAUCGAAGGAGGAGGCGGAGACGAUGAAUCUUCCUACCACGAACUCGUCACGGAUCUCAAGUCUCUCCUGGAGACAGACGACGAUGAAAUCCUCGAACGUUUCUACGGCAGACUCUCCUCGGUGGCUUCAUCGUUUCUCCGCUGCUUCUCCGCCGCCAUGGAUUCACCGGUCGAAUCUGGCCGUCUGGCAAUUUUAGCCUCCGACGCAUAUCUCUGUCUGCUUCUUUCGACGAACUGCCCCGUUUUCACUUUCUUCUCUCCGGUUGCGUUUCUCUCUCUACUGGGCUCAAUCCGCCGCUACCUCAAACGCCGCCACCGGAAUGAUUCGGAAACGGCGGCCUCCUCUCAAGGGAACAAGAAGAAGAGAGGACGCGGUUCGAAGAAUAACGCGAGAAAUUUAGGGCAUGAAGAUGGGGACGAGAUGGAAGAAGGUGGAUUCGAUGCGAAAUUGCUGUUUAGAGUGCUCGAGCUUCUGGGAUCGGUUCUGAGUUUUGUUCAUUUGGAUAGAUUUCCCGAUAGCUUGAAGUCUUUGGUACAAACAGUGAGCGAGAUUCCUCUAUUGGCGCUGGAACAUUCAGGGGUUUUGAACUAUGAUCGAUUGAUGGAAAUAUGCGGGAGGAUUCUGGGUGGAGUGUUGAACUCCGAUCACGGAGACACGGCAAUCACGGCGGCGGAGAUUUCGAAGUCUUUGACGCCGUUGCUUCUGAUGGGGAAACAUCAGGCGAGAAGCUUCGCGUUAGGUUUUGUGUCGAGGAAAAUUAUGGGUUUGGGUAAAGAUAACUCUGAAUUGAAGAAAGUUGUUUCUAAUUUGUCAAAGUUUCUGGUUCAUAAGGCACCUGAGAAGGCUGAGCCGCGUGGAUUUGCGGUGGAGGCGAUAAUGGAGAUAGUAAAGGCAAUGGAGGCUGAGGACCAAUCAGAGUUUGUUGAAUUUGUGAUGAAGAUGGGUCAAGGUAAAUCUAAUUUCAGGAUAUUAGCUGUUGAUCUUAUACCUUUGUUGAUGAGCUCAUUAGGAAACCCCUUAGGAGUUGUUAGUUCAGAGAAUGGUGUGCAAGAUUCGUGGGGAUUGGGUUGUCUUAAUGCCUUAGUGCAGCGAUGCUCGGACUCGAACACAUUGAUUAGAGCUCGAGCUUUAUCCAACUUGGCUCAAGUCGUGGGGUUCUUGUCUGGUGAUGAAAGGAGUAGGUCGGUCCUGAAACAAGCCCUUGGGUUUAGUGGUGAGAUUUCGGAGGGAAAUGGUAUUGUAACUGACCUUUUGAAGAAGAGAUGCGUGGAUGAGAAGGCGGCUACAAGGAGAGCAGCUCUUCUUCUGGUCACAAAAUUGACAUCCCUUUUAGGUGGUUGCUUUGAUGCUAGUAUCCUAAAGACAAUGGGUACUUCUUGUUCUGAUCCGCUCAUAAGUAUAAGAAAGGCUGCAAUUUCAGCUCUUUCCGAGGCCUUCAGAAUAUGUACAGAUGAAAAUGUGACCACUGAAUGGUUACAUUCUGUUCCUCGGAUGAUCAUGGACAAUGAAACUAGCAUCCAAGAAGAAUGCGAGAAUGUCUUUCAUGAACUAGCUCUGGAGAGAAUAUCACGAGCGGGGAGUGCACUUUCUCGAGACAGUGCUUCUAGUUCAAGAGAUGCAGACCGAGACAUUGAAGCCUUGUUUCCAGAAGGAGUUUUGGUUCUAUUAAAGGAGCUUUGCAACAGCGAGGUUUCUCCUUGGGUUAAGAAAAUAUGUGGAAGUUUGGGCAAGAAGAAGCAACUAAAACCAAGAGUUGCCCUUGCGCUGCAGAGUAUCAUUAAGGAAUCUGAAUCACUCUGGUUAGGCCGUUCAAUGCCAAUAAAUAAAUGGACAGCUCCUGCCGGGGCUUGGUUUCUUCUAUCAGAGGUUUCAGUUUAUCUUCCAAAGUCUGUGGAAUGGGAAUUUCUUCACCAUCAUUGGCAGUUGCUUGACAAGAAUGACUUGCAAGAUGAAGAAGGUGAUGAAGAGGGUGUAGAGUGUAAUUCCUCUACAUGGGCUGGCGAUCGAGUUUGUCUUUUGCAAACAAUCUCCAAUGUUUCGCUACAGCUGCCACCAGAGCCUGCUGCAGACCUGGCCGACAAUUUGCUGAAGAAAAUCGAAAAGUUUAACCUGCACUCUGCUGAGGUCGAUGCACAUGUUAAAGCAUUAAAAACUUUGUGCCUAAGGAAGGCGUGCACCUCUGAGAAGUCUGAUGUGCUUGUCAAGAAGUGGGUAGAACAAGUUUUAUCUAAGGCAUCUAAGGUCACCGAGAAGUACAUCGAGGGGGUCUCCAGUAAUAAUCAUUCUUUUGUUACACCAGCAACACUUGGAAGUAGGAGAAGCAAGAGAUUGGGUUCUGUAUCCCAGAAGUUAUCAAAAGCUGUCACAGCAGUAUAUACCAUUGGAUCUUGUCUCAUUAUAUAUCCUUCAGCUGACACGACCAAAAUUGUUCCGUUGUUACAUACUGUCAUCACUUCAGGAAACUCUGAUUCAAAGCUGAAAAAAAAAUUUCCACAAGCUAAUGUUUGCAUGAAGCAAAAAGCUCCUCCGUUCUAUAGUCAGUCUUGGUUGACCAUGGCGAAGCUUUGUUUGGCUGACGGGAAGCUUGCUAAAAGAUAUAUCCCUCUCUUUGCUCAGGAGCUUGAAAAGAGUGAUUGUGCAGCCUUGCGUAACAAUCUUGUAGUGGCGAUGACAGACUUUUGUGUUCACUAUACGGCCAUGAUUGAGUGUUACAUACCGAAGAUUACUAAACGUCUUCGGGAUCCUUGUGAAGUUGUCAGAAGGCAGACCUUCAUACUUCUUUCGAGGUUAUUACAGAGAGACUACGUGAAGUGGAGAGGAGUUCUCUUCCUUCGGUUCCUUCUAUCGCUUGUUGAUGAAUCUGAAAAGAUACGUAGACUUGCCGACUUUUUAUUUGGAAACAUCCUUAAAGUGAAGGCGCCACUUCUAGCUUACAACAGCUUCGUGGAAGCUAUUUAUGUCUUAAACGACUGCCAUGCCCACACUGGCCAUAGUAAUCCAGAUUCUAAACAGUCAAGAACAAAGGAUCAAGCUUUCUCUAUCAGAGGAAAUGAUGAAAGGGCUAGGUCUAAAAGAAUGCAAAUCUACAUUACUCUGCUUAAACAAAUGGCUCCAGAACAUCUUCUGGCCACAUUUGCAAAGUUAUGUGCAGAGGUCCUCGCAGCUGCUUCCGAUGGAAUGCUGAACAUAGAAGAUGUCACUGGUCAGUCAGUUCUACAGGAUGCGUUUCAGAUCUUGGCGUGCAAAGAGAUCCGUUUAUCAGUUUCCAGAGGAGCAUCAUCGGAGACAGUGGAGAUGGAAGAAGAAGGUGGAGAUUCCAACGCGGCUGCUGCGAAAGGAAGAGCCAUAACGCAAGCUGUUAGAAAAGGCUUGAUUCAGAACACGAUUCCAAUCUUCAUUGAGCUCAAGAGGUUACUAGAGAGCAAAAACAGUCCUCUCACAGGUUCGCUAAUGGACUGCCUCCGUGUCCUUCUCAAAGACUACAAGAACGAGAUAGAAGAAAUGCUCGUAGCUGAUAAACAGCUUCAGAAAGAGCUCGUUUACGAUAUGCAGAAGCACGAGGCUGCAAAGGCAAGGUCCAUGGCUAGCCAAGGAGUUGCUUGCGGGACAAGUCAUAGAAACGGUGAACCAGAGCAAACACCAGCAGCAGCAGCAGCAAGCGAGGAGAAUGUUAGGGAUUCGGGACUUGAAUCGAGAGUGGCUUCUGCGGCUGCCGAUGCGGUAGCGGCCAAAGCGGCUAGAUCGGUGCUAAGAGAAGUGAACGGUGGAGCCGCCACGCCGCCACUGAGCGCAAUGAGCGUUCCGAAGCUAAGGUCGAGCCGUGGAGGUAGCCAGAGUGGUCGACCAUCGGCUGAUGUAUUGGAGUCUCUGAGAAGAAGACCAACUUUCAUGUCUGAUGACGAGAACUGAAACUCUUAGAGACUCUAGAAAUAACUUUUGUUGUAAAUGUGUAUGCUUGAAAUCGAAUGUAAGAAGUUUCAUAUGUU